AUGGGAAGAUGCAACCUGUUUCCUUUGAGUUAUAUUUCAAGAAAAACAGAUAUCAACAACAUAGACUGGUGCAGCUAUGUUUUGGACUGUCUUGUUAGAACAAAGAACUCAUACAUACCAUACUCAGAUACCAACUACUUUGUUGGACCUUCAGAUUUCUUGGUGUUGUUCUAUGCUGAUAACAUCCACUCAGAAGCUUUAACGGUAACACGUAAACGUCCAACAAUUUGUUAUUGGAGUUCAGAGAAGAUUAGAUAUCGAGAGACAUUUGAACAAGAAAAAGGUAGAUUUGGACUUGGAGAAUUAAAUGAAGAAUUUGUUAAUGAACAAGAUGAAGGAGAUACAGAUCUCGAAGAGAGUGAUUCUGAUAAAGAUGAAGAUGAUUCUGUUGAGGCAUAUGAAUCAAAAUUAUCUAAAAUGCUUAAUAGUUUUGAGAGGAUGAAGGAAAAGCUGAAUUCAAAACUCAAUGAUGUGAUAAAAAAGUUCCCUGAAAAGGAAAGUAUCAAUUUGACACCAAUAAUGGGUCAAAAAACAAAUGAUCACAAAGAAAAUGAAGAUAAAGAGGGGAAUGGUGAAGAAGACAAUGAUAAUGAUGGAAGUCAACCAGAAAAAGAUGGAAAGAACAAUGAAAAUGAGAAUGAUGAAGGGAAAAACGAUGAUGAGGCUGAAGAAACAAAUAAUCACAAAGAGACUAUUCAACAAAGUGAAAAUGAAAUUUUGUUGGAUAAAGUUGUUGACAUCAUUGUGGAUAAUGUCCUUGGAAUUGGAUUUUCAAGUUUAAAUAGUCAAGAAGAUGAAAUCUGGAAUGACCCUGAAAUGAAAACUAUUUUGGAUAAUAUUGAUAUAGGGUCACCAAUGACUAGAAGUAAAACUAAUACUCUGAUCAGUCAAGUUAUUUAA